AUGAAGUCCUUCCGCCACAAGAUCCGCCACAUCUUCUCGCCCGCCAAAAUGCCCACUCCCCACCUGCGCUGCGCCUACAAGGUCGUCGACGACUGCGUCAUCUACGCCGACGUCUAUCUCCCGCCCACCGCCUCGCCGCCCACAGACAAGACGCAAUGCCCCGUCGUCCUCGCCAUCCACGGCGGCGCCUUCAUACUCGGCCAUUCGGACAUGGUCAACAAGGACCAGAUCCAAGACUGCCUCGACCGUGGCUGGAUCACCCUCUCGCUCGAGCACCGCCUCUGUCCGCAAGUCGACAUCCUCGAGGGCCCCAUUACCGACUGCCGUGACGCCCUUGCCUGGGUGUACAACGGCGGCCUCGAUGCUGAGCUGGCCCGCAAUCCUUCGACGGCUGCUUUUGCCGUCGACAAAGACCGCGUCGUCGCCUUUGGCACCUCGUCCGGCGGUGCCAUAGCUCUUGCCCUGGGCUACUCCGUCCCCCGCCCACCCCUCGCCAUCCUCGACUUCUACGGCGCGACGCACUUCACGCACCCCUUCUGGUCGACGCCGCUGCGCACGGCCAAGCUCCCGCCCAACACGGACCCGGACUACAUCAACCAAGUCUACGACGAAUCGCCCGUGCCCAUCCGCGGCGGCGUCUCGCUCGAAGGCCAAGCACCCGCCCCAGCAGCAUCCGCUCUAACAACAACAACAACAACCCCAACAACCCCCGCCACGCCAUCAUCCUCCUCCUCCAUCGCCUCCACCGGCUCCACCACCACCACCUCCUCCUCCACCAACAGCACCUCUCCCCCUCCUCCAUCAUCAUCCACCACCAACGGCACCACCAACGGCACCACCACCCCCUCCUCCACCAAAAAAGAACCCCAAACCCCCACCCAAACCCAGACCCUCCCCCCCCGCCCCUCCUUCGCCCUCACCCACAUCGCCCGCGGCACCCUCCUCCGCGUCUGCUACCCCUUCGGCCCGCUGUCCGCCAUCGACGCCGCCGCCAACAUCACCCCUGCCUUCCCGCCCACCUGCGUCGUGCACGGCACCGCCGACGAGUCGGUCCCCAUCGAGCUGUCGCGCGAGCUGUACGGGCGGUUGCUCGAGGCGGGCGUGCGGGGUUGCGAGUGGAUCGAGGUGCGGGGGGAGGGGCACACGUUUGCGGGGGGGAUGGAGAAGGGGUCCGAGACGUGGGGGAGGCAGAGGGGGGGGUUUGAUUGGUUGGAGGGGAGGAUGGGUGGUGGGGGUGUUGUUGGAGGUGGUGGUGGGGGUGGGAGUGGUGCUGUGGGGGUGGGGGGGAGGGGAAGGAGGUGA